CCUUAAUGUCCUUGUACAACAAGGCCGUUUGAAGAUAUAGCAAUUUAUUUUCAACUUUGUUUUUUGUAAUAUUCUGAAUAAAUUAUAAAUUCAGAAUUUUAUUUAUUUUUAUUUUCCGGGUCCGUUCAUCUUCCCCGUCCGUUGUAAUCCGUACAAGAAUUGUAACAAUCUUAAGGUAGUAGUCAUUUCCGUGCGCAAUGGCGGGUAUGGACGAAUUUGGUUUUGACGCUCACACCGGAAACGGGAGUAGUUCCGAGACUCCGGUUGUGAACGUUUCGGCUAGAUUGGGUGGCUCUGUUGGGCAGACCACUCCGAUCAACAUUCCUUUCGGAUCGAGUGCGGCCAUCGGGUCCACUCCGAUCACCACCUUCGUUGGAUCGAGCGCGACUAUGGGGUCCACUCCGGUCACCUCGGUUAUUGGACCAACCGCGGCUACGGCCGCAAUGGUCACCCCACUCGGACCGAAUAUGGCUUCGGCCAUACCGGUCAUUCCCUCACUUGGACCGAACACGGGUGUCUUCACAUCCGCACCGGUCGGACAUCCUACUGUCAUGCUGCCUGCGAACUCUGUCAAAGAACCGGCAAAGUUCACAGGUGUUGGAUUUAAAAUAUGGCAGCAAAGGAUGUUAUUUUGGCUGACCACCCUCAACCUUGCGAGGUAUUUGAGGGAGGAUCCCCCUAUUGUGGGGGAAACCGCGGACGAGCCAACAGUUCAGGCUAAAGAGGCAUGGAUAGGGAAUAACUAUACGUGCCUUAACCUUAUCUUGAAUUGCUUGAGCGAUGCCUUAUAUGCUGUUUAUAGCAGGGCUGCAUCCGCAAAGGAGUUAUGGACUACACUGUCCAACAAAUACCAGGCCGAGGACGCCGGUGCGAAGAAAUUCGUAGUCGGUAAGGUCUUGGAUUUCAAAAUGGUGGAUUCCAAACCCGUGGUCAGUCAAGCUGAAGAAUUGAUUCUCAUUUUUAAUGAGUGCACUGACGAGGGAAUGGGAGUCAGUGAGGCAUUCCAAGUGGCGGCGAUUAUUCAUGUGCUCCCGCCGGCUUGGGAUGAGUUUCGGAGCUAUCUCAAGCUCAAACGGAAAGAAAUGACUUUAGAACAGUUGCUUGUUCGUCUCCGGAUCCGUGAAGAGGGUCUCACUCGCGAGAAAAAAGUAGUUGUUGCUAAGGCCAAUGUGGUGGAGCAUCCACCCAAAGAGGGUUCUUCCAAAGGGCCCAAGCCAAAUAAGGACAAGAAGAAAAUUGGUCCUAAAGGAGGCGUCGCGAAGCCCAAGUUCGCGGGGAAAUGCUACAACUGUGGCAUUACGGGCCACCGUUCUUCAGAGUGCCACAAGAAGCCUCAGAAGAAGAAGCAGAAGAAGGAAGAAGCUCUCUGCUCGGAGCUAGAUGCUAUGGAUCUUUGUGCUGUCGUGACAGAGGUCAACCUGGUCGGGUCUAACCCGAAAGAGUGGUGGGUUGACACUGGAGCCACUCGUCAUAUCCGCUCCAAUCGGGCCAUGCUCUUUGACUUUAAGGAGACCUCUGGCGACAAGAUAAAGGAACAAUGGUUAGAUUCUCUAUUCAAAUUUGCAGAAGGUUCUCACAUUGGUCAGAUUUACCUGACUUUGAAGGUAUUCUUUCAAUCUCUGGCAGUGAUUAAGGUGCUGGAAGCAAACAUGCUACAUCUGCCAUUCGAGGAUCAAUGUUUUGAUGUAAUAGUAGAUAAGAGAACAAUGGAUUUUUUAAUCAUAGGUUUGGUGGUUCAGUUUUGGGGGGUUUUGCACUGUUCGCAGUGUUUGUUGGCAGUUGCAAUAGUUGACUGUCUGCUUCUCUUACAGCUUCAGCUAUCUUUGAAGGAAUUUUAGUGUGUCUUCAAUCUUGAUAUUAAGCUCUAUUCAAAUUUGCAGAAGUAUUCUCAAAUCUUUUUCCUCUGUAAAGGUGCUCCAUUUCUGUCAGUUU